AAAAGCAUUAGGACGAUACAGGCAAGAGGCAACGGCGCAGCUCAAACCCAUCAUAUAAAUACCCAAUCGAAUUCUUCAUUCACUCCCAAACCAAGUUCCUCUAUGGCCUGGAUACGAGGACCCGCCAUCGGCCGGGGAGCAUCCGCCAUCGUGUCUCUCGCCACCGCCGCAGACUCUGGCCGCCUCUUCGCCGUCAAGUCUGCCGACCUCCACCACUCCUCCUCCUUACAGAAAGAACAACUCCUUCUCUCCCGGCUGAACUCCCCCUUCAUAGUCCAGUACUUGGGUUUCGAAAUCACGCGAGAAAGCACCUCCAAUUUGUACAAUUUGUUCGUCGAAUACGUCGCCGGCGGCACCCUCUCCGACGAGAUUGACCGGAGGGGAGGCUCGCUCGCCGAGCCUGCCAUCCGAACCUACGCGCGUCAGAUCCUGCGAGGCUUGGAGUACCUUCACUCGAACGGCUUGGCGCAUUGCGACAUCAAGGCGGAGAACAUUUUGGUCAGCGAAGAGGGCGCCAAGAUCACCGACUUGGGCUGCGCUCGGCGGGUGGAAAAUGGAGACGUGUCGACGUCAGCGUUUUCGGGCACUCCGGCGUUCAUGGCGCCGGAAGUUGCGCGCGGUGAGGAGCAAGGGUUCGCCGCCGACGUCUGGGCUCUGGGCUGCACCAUGGUCGAGAUGGCCACCGGGUCGGGCCCCUGGCCCCGGGCGGCCGAACCCGUCUCGGUUCUGUACCGGAUCGCGUUCUCCCCCGACUCGCCGGAGUGCCCAGUCUGGUUUUCCGACGAGGCCAAGGAUUUUCUGAGCAAGUGUUUGGAACGAGAUUCGAAGCAGAGGUGGACGGCCAAGCAGCUUCUUCAACACCCAUUUCUCGACUAUAUGAAAUCGAAUUCUCCAGAAACAGAUGAAUUCACUCGGAAUUCUCCGACGAGUGUGUUGGAUCAAGCCUUUUGGGAUUCAAUGGAGGUGCCGGAAGCUCGCCGGAGCACUAUCCAAUUCGUCUCUUCUCCAAAUUCUCCGCCGGAGAGGCUCAGACGUUUGAUCGGGGAUGCUUCAGAAUCAGAUCCAAAUUUUCCCAACUGGAAUUCGGACGAAGAUUGGAUCACAGUAAGAAGCAAGAACACCGAGGAAACUUCAUCACUUUCCCAGGAAAAUUCCGGUGGCAACCCAGAAAAUGAAGCUUCCACUUCGGGUGAUCCAUCAACAGAUUACUCUGUUCGCACGAUUUCGGAAAGCGAAUCGCUUUCUGUGUCGAUAGAUUCUGUGAUGAAAUGUGGAAAUGUCAAAGAUCUCGAAUUAAUUGAACAACAACUUUUGUUCCAAUUGAUUGUAUCAUUGAUCACUAUCAGUAGAUUUCUCGCUUUGCAGAGAAAGCUAAGGAAAGUUUUGUUCUUGUUCAGUUUGAGUUUCUCAUUCAUUCCCGUUCAGAAAUGGCAGUGUUUUGAUGAUAUUUUCAGAUCAUGCUUCGCCCCAAAUUAAUAUUUUUGAAACAUUAAUCAGACCAGUUGAUGGGUUCUUUCUGAUCAGAAGGAACAAGAACAAAUCUAGUCCAUAAUUCGAUAGAUUUUCUUGUUUCCAGCUCUGUUCUCAUUACUUGCAUUUUCUCCCGCUUUUACCUCCCCCACCAAGGCAAGUAAGACCUUUUCGGCCUUUGAUUGAGCUCAUGAAUUUUGCUUUAGUUUGAAAAUUUUCCAAGUAA